AUGUUGGAGAUCGAUCCGCGGCGAUGGAAACUGCUACUAUCGCACUUCACUAGCAAGUACUUGGCUUCACAUGUCAUUGACACGGUCUCUGGCCGACGAGGUACGGUGAUUUUCGGUGCCUUGGAGGCAUUGAUGGUCAGUGAGGACCACGAGCGGCUCAAUCAGAUCAUGCUUGCUCUACGGCAGGUGCAACUUGAGACUGUGCCGGAGCAGAAGCGCCACAACCAGAUGCUACAGAUCAUGAGGACGUGGAGAAGCCCUCAUCAAAUCGAACAGUGGAUCGCGCAAGAUGCUGCACUGGACCAGGCUCUCAUCCGUGCCUGUCGACGCCUUGUGCGGCAGUUUCUUAUGAAGCGUGCACAUGAUCGAUCACCAAGUGGCCUCACGUAUGACCAGCUCGUCAAAGCUCUGGACAGCAAGUACACAUGCAUGGAGGAUUUCUGCAAGCAUGUGGUUGAUCCCCUCGGGCGUGAUGCGGAGACCCUUGCUUUAGAUGCACUACCGCAACAGCUCGGCGUGGGCUUGCGCAUGUGGAUUCUGGACCGUCGAGAUGAGGUCAGCCUCAUCAGCCUCGACACUCCGGGUCCACAGGGCGAGGUCGAUGUCCACGUCCUCUUCAAGCCCGGACACUAUGAUCUGCUGUACCCAGGCCCCCGUCGAUGA